AUGCGUAUCGACAAGUGCUACUUCUGCUCGAAGAGCGUAUACCCCGGACAUGGAACUGCCUUUGUGAGAAAUGACGCAAAAGUCUUCCGUUUCUGCACAUCAAAAUGUCACAAAAACUUCAAAAUGAAGCGGAACCCGAGAAAAGUACGAUGGACGAAGGCAUUCCGUAAGGCCGCAGGGAAGGAGAUGACCAUCGACUCGACGAUCGAGUUUGAGAAGCGUAGAAAUGUGCCUGUACGCUACGACCGCGAGCUGGUGCAGACGACGGUCAAGGCGAUGAAGCGGAUUUCGGAGAUCAAGCAGCGGAGAGAGCAUGCCUUCUGGAAAAACAGGAUGGCCGCCAGCAGGGAGAAGCUCAAGGCAUCACGGAGGAAGAAGCUGGAAGCAAAGGAGGCAAAGGCAACGUCUAUCAGGCUGGUCGAGCCCAUGGCGGUGGAGUCACCGGAGAGGGAGAAGGUACGGGAAAAGAUCAAGGUGUCCGCAAAGUCACGGAGUGCUCUUAUUCCUGGCGAGGGCCGUUCGAUGGGCAUGGACAUCGACUGA